AGAGGGUAGGAGGGGCCAGGCGGUGAAGCCUAGGAAGUAACGAGGAAACAGCCUCUACUGCGCAUGCUUGAGGGAAAAAGCACUUGCUGAGUCGGAGUCGUAUAUAUCAUAAACUGCUAUGUGAAUCAUGUGAUAUCUCUGAAAGAGUGCAGAUUCGAAUCUGCCGUCAGUCCAACGCCACACCUCCUGCAGCUGUGGGCAGAACCAGGAACUCACUCCCACUCUCUCCAUCAAGCAGUUUCAGAGAAACGAAACUGAACUCUGUCUCUGUCAGUGUGAGCAGUAAAAUGGCUGAAGGUGGAGUUUUACUGGAUCAGGACCAGUUGAGCUGUGCGAUCUGUCUGGAUCUACUGCAGAAUCCAGUGACUAUCCCCUGCGGACACAGUUACUGUAUGUGUUGUAUUAAUGGUUGCUGGAAUCAGUAUAAUCGAACUGAUGUCUACAGCUGUCCCCAGUGCAGACAGACCUUCAGACCAAUGCCUGUUUUAAAAAAAAAUACCAUGCUGGCUGAAGUGGUGGAGAAACUGAAGACAGGACUCCAAGCUGCUCCUCCUGCUCACUGUUACGCUGGACCUGGAGACGUGGCGUGUGAUUUCUGCACUGGGAGAAAGCUGAAAGCUGUGAAGUCCUGCCUGGUGUGUCUGGCCUCUUUCUGCGAAAGUCACCUCCACCCUCACUAUGAAUCUCCUGCUCUUAAGAAGCAUAACCUGGUCAAAGCCACUGGAAACCUGCAGGACAAGAUCUGCUCUCAUCAUGACAAAGUUCUGGAGGUGUACUGUCGUACUGAUCAGCAGUGUAUCUGUCUGCUGUGUGUGAUGGAUGAACACAGAGGCCAUGAUACAGUCUCAGCUGCAGCAGAAAGGACUGAGAAACAGAAGCAGCUGGGGGUGACACAGAGUAAACUCCAGCAGAGAAUCCAGGAGAGGGAGAAGGAGCUGCAGGAUCUGAGACAGGCUGUGCAGGCAUUCAAGGCAGGGGUGGAGGACAGUGAGAUGUUUGUUACUGAGCUGAUCCGCUCCAUUGAGAGAAGGCGCUCUGAGGUGAAAGAGCUGAUCAGAGAUCAGGACACGGCUGAAGUGAGUCGGGCUGAAGGACUCCUGGAGCAACUGGAGCAGGAGAUUGCUGAGCUGAGGAGGAGAGAUGCUGAGCUGGAGCAGCUUUCAAACAUAGAGGAUCACAUCCAAUUCUUCCAGAGCUGUCAGUCUGUCUGUGCCCCUCCUGGACCUGGAGACUUACCCGGCGUCACUGGCAGUCCACACGUCUCUUUUGAGGCUGUGAAAAAAUCUGUAUCUGAACUGAAAGAGAGACUGAAGGACAUCUCCAAGGGGGAAUUAGUCGAAAUCUCUCGAAUAGAUUCCUGUCGGCUCACACUGGACCCCAACACUGCUCACAGAAACCUCCGUCUGUCUGAGGGGAACAGAGAGGUGACUUAUGUGAGAAAGAUCCAGCCAUAUCCUGAUCAUCCAGACAGAUUUGACUGUUGGGAGCAAGUGCUGUGCAGAGAGGGUCUGUCUGGGCGCUGUUACUGGGAGGCUGAGUGGAGUGGGAAUGGGGUUUAUAUAGCAGUGUCAUAUAAAGAGAUCAGCAGGAAAGGAGGCAGUAAUGACUGUGCUCUGGGACAGAAUGACAAGUCCUGGAGUUUGCGCUGCUCUCCCUCAAGUUUCUAUUUCUAUCACAGUUAUGAGAGCACUAAAAUCCCUGUUCCCCCCUCCUCCAGAGUAGGAGUGUACCUGGAUUACAGGGCAGGAACUCUGUCCUUCUACAGCGUCUCUGACACAAUGACCCUCCUGCACAGAGUCCAGACCACAUUCACUCAGCCCCUCUAUCCCGGGUUUUGGGUUUAUAAAUCACACGUGAAACUGUCAUUAAAGAUGAUGGAAAGUGAUCGUUUUUAGGGGCCAAAGUACUGAUGGUGGAAGGCAACCUGCUGACAAAAUACCAUAUUUGUAAAAUAUCGUAGAGUAUAAUAGAUUUUUUUAAAAAACUUUUUUUCCCCAAAAUGGUUACUUGUCUUUUCUAGCCAUUUCUGCAUCAAACGUUUUAGAAGAAAUACUCUUGAGGGAGGCACGGUGGCACAAUGGUUAGAGCUGUUGCCUCGCAAGAAGGAGCUUCUGGGUUCUCAAGAAGGAGGUUCUGGGUUCUCAAGAAGGAGGCUCUGGGUUCUCAAGAAGGAGGUUCUGGGUUCCAUAGAAGGAGGUUCUGGGUUCCAUAGAAGGAGGUUCUGGGUUCGCAAGAAAGAGGUUCUGGGUUCGCAAGAAAGAGGUUCCAAGGUUCCCAGCAUGGAGUGGAUGCAAGAACAUGCUAGAACAUGGAGAGUGCUUUUUCUCCCUGUGUUUGCGUGGGUUUCCUCCGGGUACUCCGGUUUCCUUCCACAGUCCAAAGACAUGCGUGGCCCUUGACAAAGGCUUUGGCCUCAGAACUGGACUUGGUCCCUGCUACACUGUGGCUGCCCACUGCUCCUAGUAUGGGUUAAAUGCAGAGGACAGAUUACCCCUUGGGGUUCAAUAAAGCUUAUCUAUCUUACACCAACUCUUGGGGAUCCAUCAAAACCAGUUAUAAUGUAAUAUUUAUGGGCAGUUUGAUUCUACUGAAUCAUUCCUUUCAAGUUGAUUAAUGCAAAUUAUUUUUUUCAUAUAAUGAGUUAAUAUUGAGUUUUUUCAAGCUCAUCAUUCAGUGUUAUAGGAGCAAGGCUGCGCUUGUAGCCUUCUUGCACGGUCACAGACAUAAUUAUACGUCGUAUGUAUCGGUAGCUACGAGCUGCCAUUGACGCUUAAGCAACAACUGAACUACGAACGCAGUAUGAGUGCACAUGAACAUGACAACGGUGUCACAGGCAUUCCUAUUGGUUAGCUUAGUGGACAGUGCUGACUGACAUUAUAAAGAGCCUAUCGUGUAGCGCCGCAUAGAACAUCCCGUCAGAAGUAGCACUCACUGCAAUCGCGUAACCAAGUAACAUCGUGGGAUCUAGCCAAGGAACUACAUAAGAGCAGAUGACGCUUGCUGCACCGUUGGGUGUUGUAUUAAAGGGUCCACUAGAGGGCGAUAGACAGCGUGCCAUUCCCAGCUGUUGCUGCUUCAGUUCACAGCAUUCAGUGUUUGCCCCAGGAUUUUUUUUUUUUUCCCGGCAGGUUGUGUGACGUGAUGCCCAGGGACGCACACACACUCGCGUGCACACGCUCCUGUUUGCGCAUACACACACACACACACACACACACACACAGCCCAUAAUAACUGAGCUCAGAGAGCUUAAAGGAACAGUAACGUCCCAUACCCGAGUCCAGCGUGGGAGAAGCAAGCUUCAGGGACAGAGUGAGUUUAACAUGCACUGGAGUCUCCAGACUCGAUAUGGGCAGGUCAGUGAUUAUGUUAUUGUGCCUGUGCCACUCUGCAGCACCUCUGGGGCUGAGAAAGUGCGACCGCUAACAUUCCUCAAUGCUAAUCUCCCAUAAGGGGCCACACACACACAGGCAAUGUUACUUGUAGCAUUUUUCAUUUCGUAUAAGGCAAAUAGGACCUGUGGUGAGCUCGGUGGCACUGUUUUAUGUUUAUAAUUUCUUAUUAUACGUACUUAUUAUACAGGCCUGUGUAUGUUUGGUUUGUGGCUAUGACACUGGUGUGUCAGUUUCAUAAGACCCGCUGCUAUUUUUGUAAUAUUAUUUGUUAUUUUAAAGUAUUUAGCCUUCUGUUGGCAAUGUUGAUGUUGUAGCAUAUUAGGCAUAUUUUUGUGAAAUAAAGAUCAUGGCUUUUGCAACUGAAA